AUGGCAGAUAUGCGUGUAGGGUCGUCAAUCCAAGCUACCGUGGCCUUGGGCCAAAAGCUUGCGAGCCUCCUGCAGACGCUCAUCGAGCUCAAUCCCAGCAGUCAGAAGGGCUUUAAGGACGUACAUUACGACGUCGAGGCCACAUCUGGCACUCUCCGGCAGUUGCAGGAUCUGAUGAGGGCUGAUGAAGCGUCCGGAUCUGUCGAACGCAACACUGGCGACUUUGAGAAUGAACUCAUGUACAGAAGUUCUAUCCAGCUGCUGCGGCAAAGGCAGGUGAAGUUCACCAAGAAGAAGUCCAGAAAGCAGGAAAAGGCACAGCGAAAAUGGGAGCUGGAGAGAAAGGUGGACAGCUCUGAUAUUGCAUCGGUCACGAGCGUCGCAAGCUCUGGGAGUUCUUCAACCACUGCCAGCACAGCCGUCGAUGAUGACGCUUCUGUCAACGGGCAAAAGCCUGUGGUCAAAGAUGCUGCCGAUGUCGUGGAUGCAGACAAAAACGCCGCUGAUGCGAAUCAAGGCGAAACCAAGUCGUCCGGCGACACCAAGGUGACUGAAUCAGAGGUGCAAGGUGACAAGAGCAAGACCCUGCGAUCUUUCACCUUGACUGGCCGCAUUGGCUCCGAUCUUCCGACCUACUUCUUUGACUGGAAGCAACGGAUAUUCGGGACAGACGACAAGUUCAAGACUGACUGGCCAAGCACUAACCUCGAGGCUUAUGUCCGUCACAACUCCAACUUUGGAAAGCCCACCAAGGUCCCAUUCGGCCACAAGCGCCUUACCUACGGCCUGAAUAAGGUCAUCAAGGACGGGAAGAAAGAAAAGUCGACCUGGAACAGCUAUGUUGAUGCGGCACAGUACACACGUCUGUCGAUCUAUGAAAUCGUCGAGGAGGCGAACCGUCACCAGAGCCGUGAAAGGGUCUGCGUUGCGUUCCAGGAGUACGGAAAGGAGGGAGAUGACCCUUUCUUACUGGUGUUCCUGUCUCUCCGGAAGGAGCCGCAGCCAAUCUCUCUCAAAGACGCGGUGGGACGUACCUACACCCUUCCAUUUGAGACUUGUAAGAAGUGGGACACCAUGAAAGCAACCCUCAUAGAGGCUUUCAACCACGUACGAGAGAUCGGACCUCAUGUCAUCGAAGGUCAUUUUGAUCUCCUAACUCCCAAUGGAGACCGUAUACUCCCUCACCUUUGGAGCACCACAAUCAAGCCUGGUGCAUCCAUUAGCAUGAAGAUGUGGCCAGACACACCGUUGCGUGGCUUUUACGGUCCGCCGCCGUUCCUCGUCAACCCACAUGCGCCGAGCCCAGCAGGUAACGCCAUGCACGCGAGAAUGCGUCAGAUGCAGGCGCAACGGAUGGCUGCGAUGAGACACCCGCCACCACCCAUGAUGCGGCCGCCACCCAUGAUCGGAGGGGGACCGCCGCCGCCGCCGCCUGGUGGGCGGUCUUUCCCGCCCCCGCGCAAGGUUGUGCCCAUCAUCGAUUGGCGCUCAGCAUACGAGAUCAGCGAGAAGGAGGACGAGCAGCUGAUGUUUGUUGACUUUGUGGAGGAGCUCGAGAAGACCAAGGCUGCUACCGUCGCUGAUCUCCUCAGAAAGUUUACGACCUUGAAGGAUGUCACGGACGAGGACUCUCUUGGCGACUUUCUGGCUGUGGACUCUGAUUAUGAUUCCGAUGACUCUACGAGCACUAGCUCCUCUAGUGAGCUCAUCAACGAUUGA